CCUCUCCCUGCUCCCUGAUGGGCCUUCCUUCUUCUUUUGAUGGAUCCAAUCCUCUCUCGGCUGUGGGCUUGCAUUCGUAGCUCCUUGCUAAUUGCUCAGCGCACCGUGCUCGGAAUGAAAGAGGCAGAUCCCUCGCACUGGGCUGUCGAGAGAAAGAGAUGCAACCGGCGUUCAGCCCACCCUCCUCCCUGCACAGAAGAAAACAGAUUAAAAAUAAAGCACCCCCUUUCGAGAGGUGAUUGAUGCCAGAUCUGUCGUUCCAGAUUCUUCAGCGUCGGGUGCCGAAGCAAGGAGAGGAGAGAGGGAGACGACGCUGUUGCAUUUGAUCUAAUCUGUGGCCACGCUACGCGCUGAAGAACGGAAAGGGGGAAAAAAUAAUAAAAGAACGAGGAAGUGCAAAAAAAGGCGGACGGAGAGAGACCGAGGGAUUGAAGACCACAAGGGGGAAAAGCUUGCAGAUAACAAGGCCCGGCCAUGCAGUCCUUUCGGGAAAGGUGUGGUUUCCAUGGCAACCAGCAGAACUACCAGCCGACUCCUUCACAAGAUUCAUCACGCCUGGAGAAUUACAGGCAUCAAAGCCAGGCUGGGCCGCACUGCGAACGUCAGAGGCUGGUGGCGAAAGAGUACUACAGUCAGCAACAGCAACAACCGCCGCCACCGCCACCGCCGCCCCCUCCGUUGCGCAAUCAAGGGUACGGCGAAAACAGCGCCGUGGAGAAGUAUCACCGAGGAAAUAAGCAAUUGCGCGGCCAGCCGCUUCCGAGCCGGACGGCAUCCUUCCCGAACUAUGCUAUCCAAGAGAACAGCCCCUAUCCGGCCCGUUACUCCGGAGAGGAGAGCUUGCCGUCUUGGGGGUCUCCGCCACCGCCUCAGCAAGCGCCGCAGACGCUACCGGGAGGAGUGGCGAAAUACGAGGAAAACCUGAUGAAAAAGUCGGCCGCUUCGUCCGGCAGCCGGCCGUACCACGAUCCGAGCCCUCAGCUCCCGUUCCGGACUCACUCGUUGCACCUCCCGCAGCCGCCGCCCCCGCCACCCCCACCGCCGCAGUCUCCCCUGACGUACCCCAAGCUGCCGAGGCCAAAGCUCCAGAACGACGUGUCUCCCCCGGUGUCGUUCUCGCAGAGUGUCCACUUUACCCAGCACUCCCAGUCAUUCCCGGCCUCCUCGACUUACACCUCUGUUCAAAGUGGGGGCCAAGCCGCUCAUUCCUACAAAAGCUGUGGUGCCCCCUCGGCACCACCGCCGCCUCCGCCGCCACCACAUGAAAGGACUCUUGCCAAUAGCGCGAACUUGCCCUCUGGGCAACGGGUCCCAAGCCUCCAUGGCUACCAACCUAACCGAAUUAGUUAUGACCAACAACAACAGCAACAGCAGCAGCAGCAGCAGCAGCAACAACAACAACAACAACAACAACAGACAAAGCCAGGGAGACACCACGCCCAGGAGGCCCUUCAUUAUCAAAACCUAGCAAAAUACCAACACUAUAACCAGCCCGGACAGAGCUACUGCCAAGCCGAUGGACCAGUGAGGACACCAGACCAGUAUUAUCAAACAUUUAGCCCCGGUUCUGGUCACUCUCCAGCUCGUUCCGUCGGGAGAUCCCCGUCUUACAGCUCUACUCCUUCCCCGUUGAUGCCGAACUUGGAGAACUUCCAGUACAGCCAGCAGUCGUUGAGCACAGGGGCCUUCCCAGCAAGCCUCGCUGACCACAGCCAUUUUAUGCCUUUGUUGAACCCGUCGCCAACGGACGGGGCCAGCCCAGACACCCAACCGCCGGGGAACUGCAAGAACUUGCCGAAAGAGAAAAUCGCCGAGAACCUCUUGUCGGAUCUGAGUCUGCAAAGUCUCACGGCCCUCACCUCGCAAGUCGAAAACAUUUCCAACACUGUCCAGCAGCUUCUCCUAUCCAAAUCCACCGGGAUGCAACAGAAGAAAAGUCUCAAGACUUCACCAAGGACACCAGAACAGCUGAAAGGCCAGCACUGUAGCCCAGAGGGUAAUAAUUAUUCUGCCGAGCAAGCUGGGACUCCCCACUCAGACGCACUCGGCACCCCACAGUCGGUCCACGCUGAAACCCAGGAUGCCGAAUACCUAAGUGGAUCCGAAGAUCAACUGGAAAGGGGUUUCCUCUACUGCAAUCAGAGCCGCAGCCCCGCGCGCGUCAAUAGCAACUCCAAGGCGAAACCAGAGUCCGUCUCGACAUGUUCGGUGACGUCUCCUGAUGACAUGUCGACCAAGUCAGACGAUUCCUUCCAGAACAUACACACCAGCCUCCCACUGGACACCUUUACCAAGUUUGUGGCCAACGACAGGGAUUGCCCCAGACUGCUCCUCGGCGCCCUUUCUCAAGAGCAGCUUGCCUCCGAGAUCAUUGGGUUGCAAGAUGCGAUCAACGAGAAAGCCGACAAAGGGUGGGCCAAUUCCCCUGCUUCAAACAAAGACCCCAAAAAACCCUCUUUCCACUUGGAGAACCACAGGGCCUGCCUGGACUCCGUGGUCAAAAAUCCGUGGACCAAUCAAGGGGAUGCGAAUCCGCUUGCUGAGUCCUUAAAGGUUGACAAGGCCUUGGGGGGGAAUAAUGAGAAGAAUUUUACAGAGGAGGUUUAUGACAGCUCCCAGGUAGCCUUUACCACAGCAGAGACAAAGGGUUCUCUGAAAACGACCGGCUCAGUAAGUUACAACUCCAAACCCAACAUCUCCGUGGCCACAUCGAGCUCGGAGGCCACCAGUUUCAGCUGCUAUUCGAACGCCACCGCCAAUUCGGUAGGUUCUGAAAACGCCAUGGAGAAUUUCGACUGGCCAGAUGAAAACCUCAGUGACACAUGGAAAGAGCUGGGCUCAAGCCUCCAAGCCUCCGACCUUUCCAAGAGUCUGUUCUCCAGCAAACUGAGCGAGACUUCGGAAGAGAAAAAAAAUGCGUGCUGCCUGAGCCUUUGUGAAACAGAGGAGCUGGCUGGGGCCGAGCAAAUGGAAGGCUUUGAGCAGCAGCAACAGCAGCAGCAGCAGCAGCCCGACAAAAGGGACAACGUAACGUACGACGAGGCCACCAGAACCGACAGCGAACGAUGGCUAGAGGACACCGCCAGGCACUCUUGUUCAGGAGAAGACUUCAGUGAACUCCCAAUGAUGUCCUCCCCGGACCUUAAAGAAUCGGAUUUGGAGCCAGAAGAGUAUUCGUCUCUCUGCGAACUGGCUGGUUCCGAGCCAAAGUCCAUGACCUACGAUGCAUUCACACCUAAGCCGGCGGAAAACGCUCCAGCCCUUUCCUUCCAAGACACGCCAGGUUCAGCUGAAGAAACCGCACACCCAGUUGAGAAAGAGAGCACGGGUUCUUUCCGUUUGUCCGAUCCAUCCGUUAUCCUCUUAGGCCCAACGGUGGGCACAGAGACAAAAGUGAAGAGUUGGUUUGAAUCUUCUCUGCCUCACCUGAAGCCUACCGAGGAAAUUGCUGGAGAAGGAAAUGCCUUUCCGGAUAAGGCGGAGGCGCCGGCUGCCUUACCAGCGAAAAGACAGGUUUCACCAGAAAAGAUGCCAAUAGUAUCUGAACCAACGUCCAGAGGCAAAAGUCUUCGCAGUAAGAAAGUAUACUGCAGGCUCUCUGGGGGAGAAGAACCCAUCCAGCCCAUAUCGAGCCCAUGUACAGGCAUCCAGGCGGCUGGCAUGGUGGCCAACAUGUGUGCUGGGCCAAACAAUCUGAUGGAAAUGCCAAGCAAGAACCCUCAUGGCCAGACACCCAGGUUUCCAGCCGAAGGAUUACCUGCAAGGAUGUGCACCCGCUCGUUGACUGCAUUGACCGAACCGAGGAUGCUGGAUCCUCUGGAGGGGGCAAAGGCUUCGACCCCUCAAGAUAAGUUGCGCAAGAAGCCGGUUUGCGUUCUGAAACAGAGGGCUGCGUUCAAGUCCAGAAAGCCUGGUGGUAAACCGUCCCCAAAGCCCAGCCACCCGGCUCCUCCGGGGUUGUCGACUCUGGCCCCGAUCGAAGACCCUCUUGGUCAUAAGAUCAAAGAAGCUGAUUCUGUGGAAGCGGAAGUGAAAGAUCAACAGUCGAUGAUCCUUCGCUCCAGGACCCGGACCCAGGAGGUCUUGUACACAAAGAGGCGAAGAGAGAAAAACAUGGUGGACACUGAGGUCAAGAAUUCCAAACUACCUAGGAACGCUUUCCCGAAUAACCACCUGCCGGGUUCCUUCAAGAUCGGCUCCCAAAGCAAGUCUGAGAAAGAUAGCAAACUGGGUAAACGAGUGAAGCUCUCUAAAACCAGGCCAGACCUGGGUAGCAGGAUGCCCGAACCAUCGCUUCAUGCCCUGAAAAGAAAGUCGGCCUUCAUCCCCCCGGUUCCGGCGAAAAAGCGGAACCUGGUUCUGAGGAGCACCAGCCACAGCAGCAGUACGAGUAGCAUGAAGGACGAGAAGCCAGAGGUUUCCCCUGGACUGUUCAAGAGGAUGCCCCUGUCGGCCCAGAAGGCGAAAGUGAAGCCACUGACCAAGAAUUCCUGUGAAGCCCUGCUGAAGGCCGCUCAGGUGAAAGAAAACCCUGGCAGCGUCUGCCUCAAAAUCACCUCUCGGGCUGCCUUCCAGGGAACGGUGAAGACCAAAGUGCUCCCCCCGAGGAAGGGCAGAGGCUUAAAGCUGGAAGCCAUCGUCCAGAAGAUCACCUCCCCCAAUCUGAAGAAGUUUGCCUGCAAAACGCCGGCCGUCGCCCUCGCGUCCGCUGUCCUCACCACGGCCACCACCUCCCACAGUAAUCCUCUCAGCCCUUCCCUACCGGAGAGGGAGCAAACCGCCAAGAAUGCCGGCGUAACCCCGGCCGCCGUGGGGGAAGCUCGGCCAUUAAACCAGGCCUUGUCACAAAAGGCUCCCGCCGCUCCGGCAGCCGAGCAAUUAUGCAGGAACCCGAACAACAGAUCCUUCAGAGGAAAACUAAUGAACAGUAAGAAACUGUCCUCCAACUGUUUCAAGGGUGAGGCCUAUUCAUCUCCCGAGGCAUUGCAGCACGGCAGCGACGGCAUGGCUGCCAGCGGCAUCGCCCUGCUGCCCAAGAAAAGAAACCGAAAGGGGAAAGCGGCCGCCUUCCGGGGAGCCAAAAAUAGCUUGGAGACUUGCCCUCACCUGAGCCCGCCGACGACGCUGCUUCUGGCAUCCCGAGAGAAGUCUGCGGCGGCGGUUGCAACGGCAGCGGGCGAUUCCGGGAAAGGCGAAGAAGGACAAAGGGAAGGGAAAAAGCCAAAGGGUGAAGACAAAGGCUUUGGCAAUGCCGAGAACUCGGAAAGGAGGCCCUCGCAGGCCCAAACCCGGGGGCACAAGCAGCGAGCCAACCAUUCAAACUAUAACGGCUACACAAAGAGACAAAGGAAGCACCUCAGCAGCCGGAAGGCCCAGGGCGUGCCGUCGCGGUGUAAGAGCAGGUCCAAAAGGCGGCACAUGCAACAGGCCCCUCUGCUGAGCCCGGCCGAACCCGAAAUCCGGCUCAAGUACGUGUCGUGCAAGCGGCUGCGGACGGACAGCCGGGCACCCCCUUUCGCCCCUUACGUCUGGAUGGAGAAGCAUGGUGAGUUCGUCACCACCUGCACCGUCGUCAACUUCCCCGCCGAAGAGGCCCGGCUCCACAGCGAGCAGUGCUCGUCCUCUCUGUCCGCCCAGACCGGGCACUUCGGCGCCACAUGCCUGCAGCCCCGAGCCAUCCUACCUCUGUCGUCCACCAUGCAUCUCGGCCCUGUGGUCUCCAAGGCCCUCAACGCCACCUGCUUGGUUUGUUGCCUGUGCCGGAACCCCGCCAACUACAAAGACCAAGGGGAUCUCUGCGGGCCCUAUUACCCUGAGGACUGCUUGCCCAAAAAGAAGUCGAGGCUGAAAGAGAAGAUCAAAGUGGAGGGGAUGGGCGAGGAGCCUCCUUCGCCUGCUCCGGCGGAGAGACUGUUCAAAGCGACGGAUAAUAAUUGUGCGACGGGCGCGUUGGGUGGAAAGCCGCCAAGGUUGGACGGUGGCGCUGACUCAGCGAAACAGAGCGCACUCCGCUCCAGUUCGAGGGGAAUGUUUAGGAAACUACAGAGCUGCUACUGCUGCGAUGAGAGGACAGAGGGAGAGGAGGCGGCAGCAGCAGCAGCAGCAGCCACCGCGGAGAAACCCAGGAGGCACGAAUGUGGCAAAUUUGAGUCGCCGGCGGCGGAUCCCGUCGGAGAUACGCAGGAGCACUGGGUUCACGAAGCCUGCGCUAUAUGGACAUCUGGGGUUUACCUGGUGGCAGGGAAGCUCUACGGACUGCAGGAGGCAAUAAAGAUGGCUGCUGACGUGCGAUGUUCCAGCUGCCAGCAAAUCGGAGCCACGGUGAGCUGCUGCCACAAAGGAUGUGGCCAGACCUUCCACUACACAUGUGCCGUCGACACAGGUUGCUCGUUAGCCGAAGAGACCUUCUUGCUGAACUGCCCCAGACAUAAGAAGCAGCAGCCUUCGUCGUCGUCAUGAACCUUCAGAGCCUGGGGAAAGGGGGAAUUCGUCAUUUUGGCACGCGGCUGCCCACGGAGAUGAACUCCACAGGGGAGCGGCAAAGAGAAUGUAACCCGGCCAUGUUGCCCUCCUCUCAGACCCCACCAACUCCUCACGUCCACACUUCCUAUUUUUGCAAUAGUGUUUCUACUGUGAACGGAUCCGGGCCCCCGUGCAGAAUUCCUGGCCCCAGGAUCUCGCUUCUGCCUGCUCCGGUCUGUCUCUCUCUCUCUCUGGGGUUCCCCGUGCUCCGAGCUCAAACUUAAAGGGGAACGGGACUCUGGCCUUGCUCCGAACCGGAUCUCGGGAACUGGACUCGAUCCCAUGGCAAGGUGGCAAUAGGAAUUGGGCUCUGGGUUCUAAUCUCCACCUGUGGAAUUCGUUGGAGAGCUGUUCCAGGUUGGCACACAUACCCACACACACAAGCAACCACACCCACACACAACAAAAAACCCCACUUCCAGCUCCCCCCCCUUCCUGGUUCUGUCCCUUUUCCAAAUGCUACUACGAGCCAGUUCAGGAGAGGAGAGGAACUCCAGUUCCGGGUUUUUAAUUCCUCCUCACCUCCUUUUCUUCCUUCACUAAGGAGCUGUAACCAAUACUGAUAAGGAACCCUCUCCUGCCUGGGACGCCGGCAACUCACAAAACCUGGCCUGGAGCGUGUGUCCCGACCCCCUCUCCUUCUAGAGAACAAUGAGCAUCAUGCCUCCUGUCUGCAGAACCAGAGCCUGUGGGAGAGACGUGAUCGGAGAGCAUGCCGUCCGCACCACACAUCCUCGGGCCAGCGCCACCCGUCUCCGCCCGGUUCCCAAACUCUCUUCCUGCACCCCGGAGAGGGGAAGGCAGUGGGUCUCCCGCUGUCUUCGGCCGCCUUCUCUUCCUCUCGAAGCGCCGGCGGACUCUCGAGAGCUCUCCGAGCCCUCCGUUAAUCGUUCUUUUCUGAUCUGAUCUAUUUUUGCCUUCAGCAGACCUCACGGUGCGUGUGCGUGUAUGUGUGUUUCUGUAUCUAUAUGUGAUCAGCGUGUAAAAAGAAGCACCCUGAUGUUUUUUUUAAAAAAAACAACAACGCC